CCGCCGUGCCAGGCUCUCGCUCACUCCCAUGCUGGCCGAAAGCGCCUGCCUACACGCGCCGGGGUUAUUAGCACGUCCGGCUCCGGUCCCCACGCCCCGUCUCCGGCUCUCGCUUUCCCCAGCCUGAAGCCCACGGGGGACGCCACCUCCCGACCCGCGGCAUUUCUACGCUUCUGGAUGGCGACGAGGCCCCAGUAACAUCCUCCAGCUCCACACCCAGACAUUGCUUUGUUUUUCAUCCAGGGAAAACCAUUUCCCUUGCGGCCCUGUCGAGGAAAGAGACUCCGAUGGACUUACACCGAGCAGCCUUCAAGAUGGAAAACUCCUCCUACCUUCCCAAUCCUCUGGCAUCUCCAGCCCUGAUGGUUCUCGCUUCCACUGCUGAAGCCAGCCGUGACGCUUCCAUCCCCUGCCAGCAGCCAAGGCCCUUCGGUGUCCCUGUGUCGGUGGACAAGGACGUUCACAUCCCAUUCACCAAUGGUUCCUAUACGUUUGCCUCCAUGUAUCACCGGCAAGGUGGAGUGCCAGGAGCCUUCACCAACCGUGAUUUCCCACCUUCUUUGCUGCACCUGCACCCCCAGUUUGCUCCCCCCAAUCUGGACUGCACCCCAAUCAGCAUGCUGAACCACAGUGGGGUUGGGGCCUUCCGUCCCUUUGCCUCCACUGAGGACAGGGAGAGUUACCAGUCAGCUUUUACACCUGCCAAGCGUCUGAAGAACUGCCAUGAUACUGACUCUCCCCACCUUCGCUUCUCAGAUGCUGAUGGCAAGGAGUAUGAGUUUGGUGCUCAGCUCCCUUCUGGCUCUCCCAGCUCCCUCAAAGUUGAUGACACAGGGAAAAAGAUCUUUGCCGUCUCUGGGCUCAUUUCAGACCGGGAGACCUCAUCCAGCCCUGAGGACCGAAAUGAUAGAUAUAGAAGCGACAGCCAAGGAGGGCCGCCAGCAUCUGCGGGGGCCAGCCAGCGCAUGGCGUUAACUUUCCCCCUCUGCAAGAAGAAGGCAACACUUUUUGACAGCCAGGCUCCCAUCUGUCCUAUUUGCCAAGUCUUGCUUCGUCCAGGUGAGCUGCAAGAGCACAUGGAACAAGAACUGGAGAAGUUAACACAGCUGAACAUCAGUAAGAACUCCAUAUUGAAGGAUGUCAUGGCCCCAGGCACUCCGAAGUCAAUUUUGUUGUCAGCUUCAAUCAAGCGGGAAGGAGACUCUCCAACAUCGCCUCACUCCUCAGAUGAUAUUCAUCACUCAGACAGAUACCAGACCUUCCUGCGAGUGAGAGCAAAUAGACAGACCCGACUGAAUGCUCGAAUUGGGAAAAUGAAACGAAGGAAGCAAGAUGAAGGACAGGUAUGUCCCCUCUGCAGCCAGCCUCUCUCAGGAUCCAAGGAGGAGAGGAGUGGGCAUGUCGAACAGUGCCUUGCAAAGAGGGAAGGUUCCUGCAUGAUGGAGGAUGACUCUGUUGACGUUGAGAAUGAGAAUGGUAAUCGCUUUGAAGAAUACGAGUGGUGUGGACAUAAGAGGAUACGUGCCACCACCCUCUUGGAAGGGGGAUUCAGAGGAUCCGGGUUUGUCAUGUGUAGUGGCAAGGAGAAUCCAGACAGCGAUGCUGACCUUGAUGUGGAUGGAGAUGACACACUGGAAUAUGGAAAGCCACAAUAUACAGAAGCAGAUAUCAUUCCAUGCACUGGGGAAGAACCAGCUGAAGCCAAAGAGAGAGAGGCACUCCGAGGCGCAGUCUUAAAUGGUGGCACCCCUAGUACCCGAAUAACACCAGAAUUCUCCAAAUGGGCAAGUGAUGAGAUGCCAUCAACAAGUAAUGGUGAGAGCAGUAAACAGGAGCCUAUGCAAAAAACCUGCAAGAAUAGUGACAUAGAAAAGAUCACAGAAGACUCAGCAGUGACAACAUUUGAGGCGCUAAAGGCUCGUGUCCGUGAGUUAGAAAGGCAACUCUCCCGUGGGGACCGCUAUAAAUGUCUCAUUUGCAUGGAUUCAUACACAAUGCCCCUGACCUCCAUCCAGUGCUGGCACGUGCACUGUGAGGAAUGCUGGCUGCGGACUCUGGGUGCCAAGAAGCUGUGUCCUCAGUGCAACACCAUCACCUCUCCAGGGGAUCUCAGGCGGAUCUACUUAUGAAGGACAUUGCUGGUCAGAUCAGUUUGCUGUAUCCUGGGGACUGGGUGGAAGGACUGGCAGCAACUACAAAAGACACUUGAAAAGCAAAACUAGAGACUCCAUAUGUGGACUAGAGGCUAGGGAGCUGCACGAUGCCUCUGCUUCCGGACCUGUCACUGGUGCCGCCCUUUCCAUAAGGCGGCAAAAAAAGAAUCCUAUUGUGAGCCCUCCCUUUUUUAAACAAACAGAAUUUCCACACUUGUCCCAUUUCUUCAAGAGCUGGGGUUCCAUCACGGAUAGCCUGCAAGCCUUUCUGGAGGAGCAUCUUUGGAGCCAAGCCAACCUGAGAAAGUGCUGGAUCUUCCACAGCAGGAACUCUUGACAGCUUGAAACUUGUGUUCUCCUCCCCUCCCCACCCCACUUUUAUUUGUGAUGUUCACGUGUUUUUUUAAAGUCAAAGAAAAAUCCUGUACCCACACAUCCACAAAGGCAGAAUGAAGCACAUGUAAUAUAGACUAUAUGUUUACAAUGUUGUGUAUAAAUGGGAUAGACUCCAACAUUACAUACUAAUGUCUCCCUUUUAUUUUAUUUUUCCUUUUAUUUGAUUUUUUGUUGUACUUUUUUUUUAAAAAAAGAGAAAAAAUAAGCAGAGAACAUUAAACCCAUAUUUUUCUCGGUUCUGCAAAGUUUUGACAUAAAAGUCAUUAGUUUUAAAAAAGUAUAUAUAUAUAUAUAUUAUACAUAUAUAUAAUAUAAAUGGUUUAAUGUUCUGUGAUGUAUAUUUCCUCAUUCAGAUAUGAACUUACCAGCUUCUAAUAACGGCUGUAGUUUUGCCCGUAACUUACACAACUUCUGAGGGAAGUAGGGAAAGCAGCAUCUUUGUCACUAGUAAUAGCAUAUGGAACUAUUUAUAUGGAAUCCUUAUAUCCCACUGAAACCAAUUUUUCAUUGAGGAAAUAGAUGAAGUUGAUAAAGUUUCACCACACUGCCAAUCGCAUAAAGGAUAAGAGUUUACAAGAAGCAGUGAAAAGUAGACCACAGUCUUUGUCCGCAGUGUGGGGUCACUUUGCUGAAUCCAGUCUGUUUUGUGAAAACUGAAGCAGUGAGCCAUUGUAUUGAACCCUCUUCUAUAGCUCUUCAUAUGAGAGUAAAUGCAAAAGAGAAGCAGAGGAAACAGCAUAUUCCACAUAUCUUGUCUGUGAGCAGGUGAAAAGCUGGUGUCCCCUCUGUCCUUCCUCCAGAAAUUUGGUUCAUUUCAUAGCCAGGCAAGUUCUUUGUUGUUUUUCGGAAUGUUGGCAUGGCUAGUCACUGCCAGCCUGGUCUGAAAUGUUCUUCUGCAGUGAAGGCACUGUACGGUGUUCCAUCAAAUGUUCAGAGGUUUUAUGACAGGAAAAUGUGUAAUCCUCUUUUAAGUAGAUAAGUGCUGGCUUUUAGUGGCAGGAAUAGUUUUUCCCCCCCUGCUAUCCAUCCUAUUUGGAUUGUGCUAGUAACAGCGCUUGAUGCAGGUUCACCCAUGGUAAGAUUCAUCUAAUCCCAUUCUUAUCUAUUUCCACAAUAUUCCCGAGAGUAACUUUUACUUGGCCUCCUAUUCUGCAUUUUACAAAUGUCCCCAGAUGUGAGCCCUGUGUUACUCUGCUUGCUACCUUCUUUAAUCAGAAAUACAGAACUAAUUUUUUAUAUCUACACAGCCAAACAAAUUGCCCACAUGCCACAUGGUGAAGAUUUUCAAGGUUGCUGUGAGUUGGGGAGUGAAAAUAAGCAGCUUACAAGAGAAAGCAUACACACAGAGAUACACAUACAGUGUCUGGCUAAUUUCAUCUUGGGUUGCAUCUGUGAUUUAAGCCUCAGAAGGCUAUAUAUAGCUACAUCUGGCAAGUUUAGUCAUUCUGUUGUCAAAAGUGUGUGGAUCACUUUUUGACAACAGAAUGUCUUAUCCAAACAUAUAAGACGAGUUGUACUUUACAGUAGAAGAAACCAUAUUCCUUUUCUACUUUCAUUAUGCACUGAACACAAGCAGGGAAAGCUAUGGGAGUUGCAAGUGUUGCUGUUGGAUUUCACUCCACUGUAAAACAGUUGUCUUUUUUAAAAUUUAUCUUCUGCUAGAGAAUUCUGAGGUUCCAAAGUAUUCAAACCAGACUUGAAUUAUGAUGUUGAACUUAGCUACCUGUAUUCCUGUCUUUUGCUGCCUAGGAAUUGGGCAUCAUUAAGAGGUUUCUGUAGGUUGUGGUAGAAGUUGAAAGGGAGGCAGGCAGUACAUUUCUGAAGAAGUAGCUGAGCUGAAAUCCUAAAUUUGCAUCAACAGUUCACAAGCGCUACAAAAGUUUUGGCAUGCCAUUUGUUUCAGUCAGGAAAUUCCUCCACUGGUACAGCACUUAAGCCUUCCUGCACUGGUUGUGUUGGGGAAGUCUGUCAUGCCCAAACCUGCUUGCCCAGUACAAUCAAGCAAUCUCUGCUGGGGCAUUUAAAAGAGAGCUACAUUUCUCCCUGACUGUUUAAGAAUAGGCUACACUGAGAGAACUCACUCUUGAUGUUCCAGCAAAUUGGCACUGGAAGCAAAGAGCUUUCUCUGGUCCUGUGGACCACUACUAAGCCAAAUAGAUAAAUGUAAAAACCACAUAUAACUCGUAGCCUUAUUUUUAAAGUUAACCUGUCCCCGUUUCAUUUUUCUUGAGGGAGUAGGGAGGGGGAAACAACUCGAAGGGGAAAAGCAAGGGACUGAUUUAUUCAUUUCCUUUGUGUGUGUGUGCAUGUGUGUAGCACAGCACAUUUUGCAAAAGUCUGUGCCCACUCCCUCUUCCUCAAUAAACUUGAAAAGAAAUUAGCUAUAUUUGCCCAAAGAUUCCCAGCUGCACAAGGUGGUAUUCAAGUUGUGUCAAUGAUUGUGUGUUGAUGUAUAUUCUAUAAAAAGGUACUUGUCAUUCCCGUUUGUAAACUACAUUGACAUUAAUUAAAUGAAUAUAAAAAAUC